AUGGGAACGACUUCUGUCCGCCGCAAUCUCUUUCACCAUCAUCUCAGCAGACGCCCUGGCUCGGUGGCUCCUUCUAGCUCCUCUGCGCAGAGCAGUGCUACUCAUGGGGUUCCGGUUCUAUCCGAGCAGAUGGCACCCUCGAUGUCCUCGGACUCAGCCUCGUCAUUGAGUUCCGGCCCCGUCGAUGGGGGGGAAAUUGUGGCCCGAGACAAGAACGGUGGCUACAAACUCGACAUUCCGGUUCUCCCCGCUUUGGUUAGCAAUGGGGGUGAUGAAAUGGAGGGUAUAGAAGACGUAGGUGCUCAUGGCGGUUCCGGGGCCGCAUCAAUCGAUGCUACAAACCAGACCGAUAUCUCAAGACGAGAGAAAGAGAAGAUCGAAGCCAGUUUGUCUGAAAUGUAUCGAAACAAGAGCAGGCAAAUCUUAACUCUUAUCCAGCAGAGCCUUCGUAACAAAGUUGCCGCUUUAGAGGAAGAUAAUUGGAUGUACGAACCCGAGGUCAACUCCAGUAUCUAG